AUGUCUACUGCUAUGAUUGCGUCUAUUGGAUUCUACAAACAGGUAAUUUCGCCUCUGCUUCCUCCAGCCUGUCGAUUCGUGCCCACGUGCUCCCAAUACGGUGUGCAGGCAAUCCAGCAGUAUGGUUCUGGUAAGGGGGCCAUCCUCACCGCAUGGCGGUUGCUACGAUGCUCGCCCAUCGGUGGUAAGGGCUACGAUCCACCGAAAUGGCCGCCAGUAACGUUCACCUUUAGCAGUUAUUGA